GGAAAUAUUGAAACGGGCGUAGGUGGACUGAGCUUCUGCAUGUAAACAAACGUGACAGGACUCUCGGUAUAAUGUCGAAACGAAAGCAGCUUUUGGACUCUCUAAAUCCUGAACACGUCGAAGAUUUUCUGAACUUUACCAAGCUUCAUAAGGAUGGAGCGGAUCCAUUUGACCUGGUGGAGGUUCUGUCAGAGCUGCAGAGGAGCCAGAGGCAGGAGCUGUGGGACAGACUGCUGAAGUUACUGCAGCACACCCUCACUACUCACCCUCCAGAGCGCUGGAUCACUGGAGCCGAGGAGGAUCCUGGGGACAUGGAGGUGGAAGUUCCUGAAGAGCAGAUGCAGGCCAUGGCCAUAAUAGAGGGUGUCACUAUUGUUUCUACAGUGUCUAUAGAUAUUUUACAGGAAAAUGACACCUACACCUCUCUUCUUGAUGUUGCCCAGAUGCUCAACUGUAUAGAGAGUUCUUUGCCGCUGUCACAAACACCCCUCAAGCAGGCUAUUCAUUGGAUGUUUGAAUGCUGGUGGAAGCGGGAUCUAAAAGGGAAAGAGGAGCUUGGUUGGACUGCUUUCCUUGUUUGUUUGGAGAACACUGUUACUCUUGAGAAACCGGUGAGUGAGCUCAGAAGGCUGUGUACUCUACGAGAGGUGCUUCUCAGUGUGGACUUUACAUCUGAAAGGGGCCAACAGGUUAUCGAUCCUCUGCUCCAGUGUUUUUUCAGAGCUUCUCAUAUCAAACAAGAAGAGGGGAAACGCUUCCUUGCCUCCCUAUUCUCAUGGAAUGAAAGCUUCAUUCGGAUGAUUCAUGAAACAAUUAAGAACCAGCUGCAGUUCUUCCCAAAAACUCUAUCUGUACAUGUGGCUGAGAUUUACUUCAGAGCAUGGAGAAAAGCAUCCGGCACUUUCCUGGAGGAGAUUGAAUCCACCUGCAUCCAGGAUUUAAUGCAGCACGCUAUGUUGCUGCAUAGAGACUCACCUGUACACAACAGAGUCAGACAGAUCAUUACUUAUUUCAGCAAGCAGAAGUUUCGAGAGGGAGUAGAUGAGAUGCUGCACAGACUAUACAAACCAAUUCUGUGGAAAGCACUAAAGGCCACUAAUGCUGAAGUCCGGGCCAACGCCACACUGCUGUUUACGGAGGCCUUUCCCAUUCAUGACCCCAGCAUGAACAGUGAGAUGGUAGACCAGGCUGUUCAGAAGCAAUUGGAUUUAUUGUUUGCUCUUCUUGAUGACCCCCAGCCUCUUGUGCGCUCAUCUGCAGUGCUGGGUGUGUGUUCUGUCCUGGCCCGUUGCUGGGAGGUCAUCCCCUCCACUGUCAUCACAGACCUUCUGCAGAAGCUCAUCCUGCAGCUGGCAAAUGACACCAGCUCUCCAGAUGUCCGCUGUUCUGUCUUUAUGUGUAUGUCUAUAAUUCUGGAUAACAGUGUGAGCCAUCCACUCAUGGAAAAACUAUUGCCUGCACUGAAGAGCAGCCUCCAUGACAGCUCUGAAAAGGUGCGAGUUGCGUUUGUGGGAAUGCUCCUCAAGAUCAAGGGUGUCCGGGCAGCCAAGUUUUGGAAAGUUUGUUCCCUGGAACACCUGCUGGCUCGUUUAGAGAUAGACUCGCCUCCCGUCUCCAAGCGAAUUGUCAAUCUUCUCUUCAACUCAUUCUUUCCAGUCAACCAACCAGAGACUGUCUGGUGUGAGCGAUGUGUCACCCUGAUUCAGACAAAUCGAGGAGCAGCUCGCAAGUUUUACCAAUACGCCUAUCUGUACACCGCUCCUGCCAAUAUAGUUAAACUGAUGCUGGUGAUCCGAAAGUGUCUGAAUGUGUGCAUUCAAAAUUCAGGAGAUGAUGAGUUUGCAUCCAGCAAUAAAGAAAACAGCACGUUGCUAGAGGAUGUUCUCUCAGUACAAGACACUUCCUCCAUGGCCAGUUUACUGGAGAUUUUGGUCAUUUUGUGGAAAAGUGUCCAGAAAUCUCUCCAGUCUAACCAAGAGGCCUUGAAGUACACCACAUCAAAGUUUUCCUCUGUACUGCCACAGUAUCUCAAAGUUUUUCAGGAGGAGCGGUGUAAAGCCCCUCUCAUUCUUCUAGCCUCUCUGCUUCCUGCCUCUGCUGUGCCAGCUCUGAGGAGUAAAGUGAUGUCUCACUUGAAGAGUCUGAAAGCGGGCUCUGCUGUGAUGGCGUACAGUCAGUCGGUGGAGUGUCUCUGUAGCUGGGGGCAGAUCAGCCAUAUUGUGGAACUGAUAGAGAACUGGCUCACAGAAGCCGCACCUGUAAAUGGGCAGGGGGGGGAAAACUCAACUGGCAAAGUGCAUUUUGAUGGACUAGAGGAGUCAAAGCCAGAUCUGGGCCUGGACUAUCUGGAUUACCUGCUGUUGCACCCAAAAACACGAGACAGUCUGCUUACGAUGCAACUAGAUCAGAUCAGACAGCUCCAUAAUGCCCUCUACAAAUGGAAGUCACUGCUGUUAUCCUCUCUAAAUGGAUCAGAGGUCAGUACGGCCAUCACUGAAACAGCCCUGAGAGCUUUUAUUUUCCAUGGCCGACUCAGCAUCCACCUUCAACACAAAUACCCAGAGGAGCGAGAGUUCCUGGGAUCCCUUGAGCAUUCUGUGUCCUGGGUAGAGAAGAAAGUCCUUCCUAUAAUGACCAGCUCCAGCAAUGAGCAGCAGUUAUCUUUCAGCAGGAAGAUAGUCGAAAGUUGUUCAACAGUGUGCAAGAAUGUGCUACGAGUCAAUGUAGGUGACAGUGAUUUCAGAGACCACUUAUUACAGCACGUUGGUUCUGUGCUGCAGUCCGAAAAAGGAUACAUCUGCAUCCCUCAUGUGCUCGCUUUGCUUACUGAGGUGGCACAGUCCUGCCUUUCUCAUAAGAUUGAUGGGGAAGAUGAUCAGAGGUCCCUCACUGUCCGCAUUUUGACCAACAUCUUCCAGAAAAUCAUAGAGAUUAUGGCACACAGACUACGUAAAGACAAAGAAGAGGGUCAGGAGCUCUGUUGCUCUUCUGAGAAUGAUCUUUAUGACUUUCUGCUGGUGACUAAUUUCACAACGGAGAGGUCAGAGUUCAUUACAGGAGUCUUUUCAUCACUCUGUGCAGCAGUUAUUAUUGAUAUCAGCCGCACACUUCAGAAGAUCUCUCAUGUGGAAGAGGUGUUGACACCAGAAACAGUUGAUGACCUUCCAUCUCUGUCAAACACCAUCCUCAAGGUUAUCCUUAGAUCACCUGCAGUUACCAGUUUUUUUCUGGCAGAAAUGAGCUCCUCUAUAGAUUCAGAGGCCAUCGAUAGCAUCCCACAGUGGGCCGCAGUUACACACAUUCUCACCGUCAUCAAACAAACUGAUGUAUUUAAUAUGGAGUUAAAGGAAAUUGGUGUGUCAGUUCGAAGACAAAUACAGAGCCAUUACAACAUCACGGCAGAAAACACCGAAAAUAUAGAGAGGACCAUCUAUGAAUCCACUGUCAGGAUGCUGAAUGAUAUCCUAACAUCAUGCCAACAAUCAGACGGUUAAGCAGUACAGCCUAUAGCUAACAUACACACAAAUCCUGCCUGUUCAAAAGUAUUUUAUCUGUGUUAUCUAAUACCAAAGUGCUUACACUAUCUAUCUCUUGAUACAUUUUUUUAUUGUUUAUACAGUGUUAAAUGCCACAGUCGAUUUAUUAUGCUUCAUAUUGGUGGUGCUGAACUUUAAGGCUUUUAUUUUCAACAUACUUCUGUAUAAAUCAAUACAAAGCUUUUUUUAGUAUCUGUA